AUGUUUGGAUCGGAAUCGAAAGGCCGAGCUAUCAAUCUUCGUAAUUUCUCAGCCCACAAGAAACAAGUAUUGUGUUCAAAAAUAGGGCGUAAAUCAGGUCAAAUAGUUGCAACUGGAGGAGAAGAUGCUCUGGUAAAAUUAUGGCAUGUAGCGAAUGAUGACCCUUUGAUGUCCCUAGCUGGACAUAAAAGUCCGAUCACGUGUUUGACCUUCAAUAGCACGGAGGAUGUUGUUAUUGCUGGUUCCGAGAGUGGAUCUAUUCGAUUAUGGGACUUAAACUCUGAACAGCCAACAUCAUCAAAAACUUUUCAAGGUGGACAUCGUUCAGCGGUCACUUGCGUGGACUUUCACCCUUUUGCAUCCGAAUACUUUGCUACUGGAUCUCUUGACACAAAUGUAAAAGUGUGGGAUUCAAGAGUUAAAAAGGAUGUGCAGUCACAUAGAGGAGAAUCAGAAAAUUAUAAGGAGCCCAUUUCAUCAUUAAGAUUUACACCAGAUGGAAAGUGGAUUGUUGCCGGUGGAGAAGAUGGAACCAUUAAGAUUUACGAUAUUACGACUGGUAAAAAGUUUGGUCAAAUUCAAAGUCACAGAUCUACCGUUACCACCAUUGAUUUCCAUCCCUCUGAAUUUUACUUAGCCACAGGAAGUGCAGAUAGAACAGUUCAAGUUCUAAGCUUGGAGGACUCGAUUGAGGUUGUUUCAAAGUCUGACAUUUUCCCAUCCGGUGUAAAAUCAGUGCAAUUUAGUCCUGAGGAUGGUUCAGUGCUUUUAUCGAUAUGCGAUGAAGGAAUGAAGGUGCAUGCUUGGAACUCGGCAAAUAUGCGUUGCAUAGAUACCAUUGAUGCUAAAUGGGGUGACAUUAAUGAUGUCAAUCUUCAUCAAGGUCUUAAUCAAAUAUUUGCUGUUAGCGCCAAUCCAACGGUGACUGGAUAUGUGGGUAUUUGGGUGAUACCUGUUGACUCUGUGAGGCCAUGGUAUAAUGGUCAAGACGAUAAAAAGAUGCAUUUCUCGCCUCAACUGACAAAAGAAAUGGUGAAUGAGACUCUAAAUAGCUCAACUGAGGACGUUUUAAAUGAAAUCAGAAAUAGGAAGCCUGUGAGUGUAGCUACUACAACAACAACCCGAGGAGAAGUGAUUACAGUGACCAAGGUUUCUGGAGAAAGAAGAACACCUGCGUUGGGUGUCCCUCAAACGCCAUCAAGUGAGGUAAUAGUAUCAUCGAAAAGAAAGGAACCAGCUAAUAUUGAUAUUGAUUCGUUCGUUCCAGAAAAUUAUGAGGAACACAUAUCAACUGCACUCAAAGCAUCCAUGUUGUUGUAUUCAAGUUUCUCAGGAAUGAUUGAAGAAAAUUUACAACUAUUUAAUAGCAAUUCAAAUCUUGCACAAAUGGAUAUUAAUGCAGAGGCAAGAAUUUCGAAAUGUCAAGCAUGCAAAAGAGGUUUCGGAGAGGUGAAACGAAUUAUAAUAGAAAGAGCAGCCGAUUUCUCACAAAUGACAGAUCUUGCUUUGCUAUCGAGGAGAGUUGUAAAGACAAUCAAGUAA